AUGAAUACAAGUAAAUUAACUACUAUAGCCUUAAUCCUUAUUUUGACAGGAGCUGCUCUAUAUUUUAUUCAAAAAAAUCAAGCUCCUAAACAUAAUCAUUAUGGUGUUUUUACUAAAUUAAGUCCUUAUUAUGAUCCUGAAAUUUGUUAAGAAUGUGGUUCUCAUUAUUGCUGUGGUGAUGGAAUUUGCACAGACGAACUAGAAUGUGUUGGAAAAUCUUUUGGUGGUCCUAGGUCUGGUGAAUUUAAAAACGAUGAUCCUGAUGUAUUUUGCUAAAUAUGUUAGGGUCUUACAAAGUGCUGUUAUGGUCAUUGCUCAUAUGGUGCUUGUAUAUGA